GUCCUUUCUGAGUUGCCGUAUCAGUAUAGCAAGCCGAGCCGCGGUUCCUCAACUUUCAGCAUUUAGUUGGAGAACUGUGCAUGUUUGAAUUUCACAAUAUUUAUGCAUAAAUCGAGUCCUGCGGGUCUGUCAGGCCUGUGCCGAGUCACCGACCAUCUGUACCUGAGUAACCAGAGAGCGGCUAACGAUGCCUCCCAGCUCACCGACAACAACAUCACCUGCAUCAUCAACGUUACCGAGACCAGGACCAGCAGCUCCGCUCCUCCGGGGCUGGACUACAUCCACAUCCCCGUCCCGGACUCCCCGCUGUCUCCUCUCAGAGAUCACUUUGACGAGGUGGCGGAUAAAAUCCACACCACCGCGGAGAGCAGCGGCCGGACCCUGGUUCACUGUAACGCCGGUGUGAGCCGCUCCCCCGCCCUGUGCAUGGCCUACCUGGUGAAGCACCGCGGCCUGACGCUGCUGGAGGCCCACAGGUGGGUGAAGACCUGCCGCCCCGUGGCCAGGCCCAAUAACGGCUUCUGGAGGCAGCUCGUCCAGUAUGAGGUGGAGCUCCGUGGCUGCAGCUCCGUCCAGAUGGUGUCCUCCUCCAUGGGGGAGAUACCAGACAUCUAUGAGGAGGAGGCCAAGAACAUGGUGCCACUGUGAAGCUGCUCUGUGACAUGUUUAGUCAAGGGUUCCCUCCGGGCUUCCGUAGUAAUCACCAGUGGUAGAAUUACAUUUUUAAAUACUAUAAGUGCACUUAAAGAUCUCUUUCAGCUAUGUUUGAAAAUAUAUCUAAAAAAAAAAUAUUGUAUUGAUUAAUAAUUUGUGUCUCACGUGUUGUUUUUUCAGUUUAAAAGAGAAUAAUUUGAUUGGCUAAAAAGUAUUUAAAUUGCCUCUAAGUCUGCACCCUCUUUGAAAUAAGAUAAGAUAAACUUCAUUGAUCCCACAGUGGGGAAAGUUCACCGUUACAGCAGCUCCAAAAGAGAAAAAGUGUAAAGGCAGUACAAGAAUAAAUUAGAAACACACAAUGCAAAAACGUAGAGAACAUUACAUACACAGAAAGUGAUUUUUUUUUUUAAAGAAGACUAUAUACAUGAGGAUGAAAGAGUUAUUGCACAUAAGUGGUAUGCAUAUGUCAGGGGAAAAAUGCAGCAGUAACAGAGGUACACCAGUUUAUAAGGCAGCAUUGUAAAGUCUGACAGAUGUUGGAAUGAAGACUCCUUCUUACACUUAGGGUGUAACAAUCUGUCACUGAAGACGCUUCUUAACCCUCGUGUGGACCCGUUUUAAAGUUUGAAAAUGUGGAAAAAAAUAUAUAUAUUUUCACAGUGAAACUUCUGAUGUCCACAUUUUCAACAUUUUUGGGAAAUGUUUGAACUUUUUUUGGUGGAAAAAAAUGUUAAAAAUGU